GAUUUCGUUACUUGGUCGAGCCGGUCGUGCAUUGAAAGUCGAAGCUGGUCGGUCUACGCACAACACACAACUUGUUUUGUUUAAGUGAUAACACAGAUACAUAUAUAUGUAUAUAUAUAUAAACAUAUACAUUUCAGAGAAUAGCAGGUUACAUUUUUAAAAGAAUAUUGUGUUUAAUAUGUCAACGACGGCGGCUAAAACUUCGGUUUUGGUGUUUUUUGUUAAUGGAAAAAAGGUGAUCGACUCGAAUCCUGAUCCCGAAUGUACACUGCUCACCUAUCUGCGUGAGAAGUUGCGGCUGUGUGGCACAAAGCUUGGCUGCGGCGAGGGAGGAUGCGGCGCCUGUACAGUGAUGAUUUCGCGAUUGGACCGUCGGAGCAACAGGAUUAGUCACUUGGCCGUGAAUGCAUGCCUGACGCCAGUGUGUGCAAUGCACGGAUGUGCAGUGACCACUGUGGAGGGCAUUGGGAACACGAAAACUCGACUGCAUCCGGCCCAGGAGCGUUUGGCGAAGGCACAUGGAUCGCAGUGUGGCUUCUGUACGCCGGGCAUAGUGAUGUCGAUGUAUGCACUGUUGCGCAAUGCAGCACAGCCAUCGAUGCGAGAUCUGGAGGUGGCAUUCCAGGGUAAUCUGUGCCGCUGCACCGGCUAUCGACCCAUCCUCGAGGGCUACAAGACAUUCACGAAGGAGUUUGCCUGCGGCAUGGGUGACAAGUGUUGUCGCGUAAAUGGCAAAGGUUGUGAAAACGGUUCCGAAUCCCAAACGGAUGACACGCUCUUCGAACGCAGUGAGUUCCAACCCUUCGAUCCCAGCCAGGAGCCGAUCUUUCCGCCAGAACUGCAGCUGACCACUGCAUAUGAUGAGGAGAACCUGAUCUUUCGCUCGGAUCGUGUGGCCUGGCAUCGACCAACGAGUCUGGAGGGGCUGCUACAGUUGAAAUCUGAGCAUCCAAGCGCCAAGCUAAUUGUGGGUAACACCGAGGUGGGCGUGGAGGUGAAAUUUAAGCACUUCCUCUAUCCGGUGCUCAUCAAUCCCAUUAAAGUGCCCGAGCUGCUGGAAGUGCACGAAUCCGAGGAGAGCAUUUAUUUCGGUGCCGCCGUCAGCUUGAUGGACAUCGAUGCAUAUCUGCGCAAGCGGAUCGAGGAGCUGCCCGAGACGCAGACGCGCUUCUUCCAGUGCGCCGUGGACAUGCUGCACUACUUUGCCGGCAAACAGAUCCGCAAUGUCGCAUGCCUCGGCGGGAAUAUCAUGACCGGCAGCCCCAUCUCCGAUAUGAACCCUGUACUGACGGCGGCAGGUGCUCGCUUAGAGGUGGCCAGUCAGGCUGAUGGUAGGCGUUCGGUUAACAUGGGCACUGGCUUCUUUACCGGCUAUCGUCGCAAUGUUAUACAGGCCCAUGAAGUCCUCCUCGGCAUACAUUUCCAGAAAACGACGCCCGAUCAGCAUGUGGUGGCCUUUAAGCAGGCGCGUCGUCGGGACGAUGACAUUGCCAUUGUGAAUGCUGCUGUGAAUGUCAGCUUUGUGCACGGCACCAAUGUGGUGCAGUGCAUCCACAUGGCGUUUGGUGGCAUGGCACCCACAACGGUUUUGGCGCCGCGCACCUCGGAGGCGAUGGUAGGACGCAAAUGGAAUCAGGAGCUGGUUGAGGACGUGGCGGAACAACUGUGCGAUGAACUGCCCUUGGCUGCCUCUGCGCCCGGUGGCAUGAUUGCCUAUCGACGCGCCCUGGUCGUCAGCCUGUUCUUCAAAUCCUACCUGGCCAUCAGUCGGAAACUGUGCGAUGCUGGCAUCAUGCCGCCGGAUGCUGUGCCCGCCGUGGAGCGCAGUGGCGCCGAUUCCUUCCACACGCCCAUUCUGCGCAGCGCCCAGCUGUUUGAGCGUGUGUCCACGGAUCAGGCCAGUCACGAUCCAAUUGGUAAACCUAAAGUGCAUGUCGCUGCCCUUAAGCAAACAACUGGUGAAGCCAUCUACACGGACGACAUUCCUCGCAUGGAUGGUGAGCUGUAUUUGGGACUGGUGAUGAGCACCAAGGCACGCGCUAAGAUUACCAAGCUAGAUGCCAGCGAGGCACUGGCCAUGGAUGGCGUGCAUGCCUUCUUCAGUGCCAAGGAUCUAACCGAGCACGAGAACGAGGUGGGACCGGUGUUCCACGAUGAGUACGUCUUUGCCAACGGCGAGGUGCAUUGCUAUGGCCAGAUCAUUGGCGCCAUAGUCGCUGAUAAUCAAACGCUGGCCCAACGCGCCGCUCGCAUGGUCCGCGUGGAGUACGAGGAACUGCAGCCGGUGAUUGUGACCAUCGAGCAGGCCAUCGAGCACAAAUCGUAUUUUCCCAACUAUCCGUGCCAUGUGAUCAAGGGCGAUGUGGAGCAGGCCUUUGCCGAGGCGGAUCACAUCCAUGUGGGUAGCUGUCGCAUGGGUGGCCAGGAGCAUUUCUAUUUGGAGACCAAUGCCGCGGUGUGUGUGCCCCGCGACAGCGAUGAACUGGAAAUGUUCUGCUCCACCCAGCAUCCGACAGAGGUGCAGAAGCUGAUAUCGCAUGUCGUAAAUCUGCCCGCCCACCGCGUCGUCUGUCGCGCCAAGCGCCUGGGUGGCGGUUUUGGUGGCAAGGAGUCGCGCGCCAUUAUGGUGGCUCUGCCCGUUGCCUUGGCUGCCUCUCGCCUACGACGUCCCGUUCGCUGCAUGCUGGAUCGUGACGAGGAUAUGCUCACAAGUGGCACAAGGCAUCCAUUUUUAUUCAAGUACAAGCUGGGCUUCACCAAAGAGGGCCUCAUCACCGCCUGCGAUAUUGAGUGCUACAAUAAUGCCGGCUGGUCGAUGGAUCUAUCCUUUUCGGUCUUGGAUCGUGCCAUGUAUCACUUUGAGAACUGCUAUCGCAUUCCCAAUGUGCGUGUGACUGGUUGGGUGUGCAAAACGAAUCUGGCAUCGAAUACAGCCUUUCGAGGAUUUGGUGGCCCGCAAGGCAUGUUCGCUGGCGAGCACAUCAUUCGGGAUGUGGCCCGCAUUGCUGGUCGCGAUGUGCUCGAUGUGAUGAAACUGAACUUUUAUAAGAACGGCGACUUCACACACUACAAUCAGCAGCUGGAACGGUUCCCCAUUGAGCGCUGCUUCGCGGAUUGCUUGAAGCAGUCACGCUACCAUGAGAAGCGUGCAGAGAUCGCUCGCUUCAAUCGGGAGCAUCGCUGGCGGAAGCGUGGCAUUGCUCUGGUCCCCACCAAAUUUGGCAUUGCCUUUGGGGUCUUGCAUCUGAAUCAGGCUGGUGCCCUGAUCAUCAUCUAUGGUGAUGGAUCGGUGCUGUUGUCGCAUGGUGGCGUUGAAAUUGGCCAAGGAUUGAACACGAAGAUGAUUCAGUGUGCUGCACGAGCGUUGGGCAUACCCAUUGAGCUCAUACACAUCUCGGAGACGUCCACGGACAAGGUGCCCAAUACAUCGCCCACGGCGGCCAGUGCGAGCUCGGAUCUUAACGGAAUGGCCGUGCUGGAUGCCUGCGAAAAGAUCAACAAGCGACUGGCGCACAUCAAGGAGGAGUUGCCCAAGGGCACCUGGCAGGAGUGGAUCAGUAAGGCAUAUUUCACUCGCGUCAGUUUGUCGGCAACCGGUUUCUAUGCUCUUCCAAACAUUGGCUAUCAUCCCGAGACGAAUCCCAAUGCACUCACCUACAGCUACUAUACAAAUGGAGUUGGUGCUUCGGUGGUGGAGAUUGAUUGCCUGACGGGCGAUCAUCAGGUGCUCAGCACGGACAUUGUCAUGGACGUUGGGUCCAGCAUCAAUCCGGCCAUUGACAUUGGCCAGAUUGAAGGCGCCUUUAUGCAAGGCUACGGCCUGUUUACGCUCGAGGAACUCAUGUACUCUCCACAGGGCAUACUCUAUUCCCGUGGACCGGGCAUGUAUAAGCUGCCUGGAUUUGCUGAUAUACCCGGCGAGUUCAACGUCAGUCUCUUGACCGGCGCACCCAAUCCACGCGCGGUUUAUUCAUCAAAGGCCGUUGGCGAACCUCCGCUUUUCAUAGGUUGCUCGGCAUUUUUUGCUAUUAAGGAAGCCAUUGCAGCCGCUCGCUUGGAUCAGAAUUUGAGCGCUGAUUUUAAUCUGGAAGCGCCGGCAACCUCGGCACGCAUACGCAUGGCUUGUCAGGAUAAAUUUACACAGCUGCUAAAAAUGCCAGAGGCGGGCACCUAUACGCCUUGGAAUGUGGUGCCAUAGGAUCUGACAAAUCACAAUAAACUUAUUCAUAAAUAUAGUAAUAAAUUCCUGUACCUAUUGAUUAGUAGUUACAUACAUAUACAACUUAAA